GGAGAGACUUUUGCUCUCUUUAAAAAUCUUCUGAAAUCGAAGUGCCUCAGAUUCCUUGUCUACACACAGACGUGCUCGCCUUGAUGGAUGUCCCUCCAUGCCUCUCUCUCCCUCUCUCUCUCUCUCUUCGCAAGUCCUGUGCUUUUUUUCUAGUCCUCAUGGUAUUUGAAUCUCCCAAACUAGAGUUGUCGUUUUCUGUGCUUUAGUCAAAUCUUAUACCAAACCAUAUUGGUCACUGUCAACAAGUGGCCUCUCUAUUUAUUUUCUACUUUGCCCUUCUUCUUCACCAUUUAGGUUUCACAUACUCCUGCUUCGAAUUGGGAAGGCGGUUACUGGGUUUUGGACUUCUCGGUAGUUGCGCUUUCAGCUCCAGAAGAGCAUUCACUAAGCAUAAGGAAAUCUUAGUUCACUUUCCACGUUUAUGCUCAUGGGAACAAUAACUACAAGUAUGCCCGUCCCUCGAGUAGCAUCUAAUUUUGAUGAGGUUUCUAUGCAUCAGAGCCUGCUCUUCUCUGAUAGUCUCAAGGAUUUGAAGAAUUUGAGAACACAAUUAUAUUCAGCGGCAGAGUACUUUGAACUAUCAUACACAAAUGAUGACCAGAAACAUAUAGUGGUAGAAACAUUGAAAGAUUAUGCCAUUAAAGCUCUCGUGAAUACGGUGGACCAUUUGGGUUCUGUGACAUAUAAGGUUAAUGAUUUCUUUGAUGAAAAAGUGGAUGAAGUUUCCGGCACAGAAUUUCGGGUAUCUUGCAUUGAACAGAGGCUAAGGACAUGCCAAGAAUAUAUUGAUCAUGAAGGUCUUUCCCAACAGUCAUCAGUGAUAGAUACUCCGAAAUAUCACAAGCGUUACAUCUUGCCAGUUGGUGAGACCAUGCGCGGUGCCAACAAAACUAAAUCCAAAUACGAAGGUUGCAACCUGGAUGAUGAAGAUGAAUGGCAUCAAUUUCGGAAUGCUGUUCGUGCUACCAUUAGAGAAACCCCUCCACCUACAGUCAGCAAAGGGCGUUCUCCAUCUCCUUCUCCACAACCAUCCCAGCGGCCUGGAGUUUUUUCUUUUACAUCUACCAUGCCCAAAAAGGAAUUAGAGAAGCGAACAGUUUCACCUCAUCGGUUUCCACUUUUACGGUCUGGAUCUCUUGCAAGUAGGCCAACAACCCCGAACAAAAGUCAGUCAACUACCCCAAACUCAAGUAGGCCUACCACUCCGAAUCCUUCUAAUGCAAGACGACGGUACCCUUCAGAGCCUCGUAAAUCAGCUUCAAUGCGAUUACAUGCUGAAAGGGAAAAUGGAAGAGAGGUUGAACAAUACCCCAGCAAAAGUAAACGCCUCCUCAAAGCCUUGCUUAGCCGGCGCAAGUCAAAGAAAGACGACAUGCUAUACACUUACUUGGACGAAUACUGAGAAUGGACAUUGGAAGCAGAAAAUUACUGCAUAGUUUUUCUUUCAGCUUUACCAUGUUUGAUUACCUUUUAUUUUUAUAAAGCUAUGUACGUUUUGAAAUCUUAUAAACAUUAUAUAUCAAAUGUUAUAUAUCA